UGUUAUCAAUUCAGAUCUAUCAAAUGGGGGUUAAAAAUUUAAAGUUCACUUUUAGGUUUGAAGAUUAAACAUGUUCGGUUUAUUGUCAUCGUUAGUGACGUUCGUCAAAUUGGGGCCCAGACAAUUCAUUCGUCAAAAGGUGAAACUGCCCUUCAUUAAGUUUAUCCAUGACACAGUUAACGUUUAUAAAUCAAGAACAAAAGCUGGGGUAAAUAAUAUAAGGGAUAUUUUAUUUAGGGGUAUUGUCAUCGCUACUAUCACAGCGGUGCUAGUGUGGCUAUCUAUAUUUAUGUAUGUGGCCUUUUAUUAUGUGUAUGUUCCUACAAUAUCUCACGAAAGACCAGUGCACUUGAAAUUCAAAUCUUGUUCUGAAAUGACUAGGUGUGAUCCACAUAAAGAUGUGUGUAGUUAUCCCUCGGCACAUGUUGCACUGACAAAGCGGCAACAACUUCUAAUGUCAGGCCAGCCCUAUCAAAUCCACUUGGAUUUGGAAAUGCCUGAGUCACCCAAAAAUAGAGACUUAGGCAUGUUUAUGGUUUGUGCUGACUUUAGAAGUGGUGAUGGUGAAUUAAUAGCAAGCUCGUGUAGAUCAACUAUGCUACAUUAUCGAGGAGUUUUGCUUGACACCAUAUAUAAAUUAAUAUUUAGUCCCCUCUAUGUAUUAGGAACAGCCGAAGAAAAGCAACAUAUUGUUGUUGAGCUGUUUUCUGAUUUUGAGGAUAAGGAGUUACAACCAGUAACAGAUAUAUACAUAGAGGUGCAAUCGAAAAAGAUUGAAAUAUAUUCAGCGAAAUUUCUACUCAAUGCAAACUUCGCUGGUCUUAGAUAUGUUAUGUUCAAUUGGUCUGGUCUCUCUGCUGUAAUAGGUAUAACUGCCAAUUUGUUCUUCAUCGCUCUGGUCUGCCUUCUUAGUUGGUAUCAAAUUAUUAAUUCCGAGGAGUACCUAAAUUUCCUGAGAAAGAAUGAUAAUACAAAUUCUGAAACAGUUACCAAAGACAGUUUUGAUGAAUCAUCGAAUGAUUCAGGAGAUGAUUACGUGAUUGAUGGAAACGUAAGGCGUAGAAAGAUGAACGAAGAAGAUAGUGAUGUUUUUGAUGUCUCAAGGCAUCGCUAGUCGUGACUGAUCUCAUGCGAAAACCAACUACAAGAAAUUGAUGCGCCAAUAAAGUAAUCUGAAUAAUAAGGAAUUUAACUGAGAUUAUUUUAUUUGUGCGUUAAAUUUAUGGAGCAGUAUACACACGCCAAUCAUUAAGUUUUAUGUUCAAUGCCUUAUUAGUUUCAGUGUAAUUUUAACAAGCUUAAGAGCUGCCAUUGACUGUCAGUGUUUAUAUAGUUUUACAUUCCUUUUACCAAAGAUAUGACUGUUAUAAUAUUUUUGUAUUUAUAUAGGUAAUGCCUUGUAUAUAUUUAUUUUGUUAUUUUUGAAAAGGUUAGUAAUAAAACAUCAGAUUAACCACG